AUGGGAUUGACACAAUUAGGAUUAGAUUCUCUUUCUUUAAUGGCUCUGGCACAGGCGUUGAAUCAAACAUUUGAAAUUAAUGGAAACAUUGGAAUAACUCCGGCGGAUGUUUUUAUGAUUGGAAGGGCGAGAGAGUUGGUUGAGUUGGUUAGCCAAAAAUUGGAAAAUGAGGAGGAGGGCGAAGAGGAAGACAGUGAAGUGGAGGAAGAAGAAGAUAAUGAGGAUACCGAAGAAGGAGAAGAAAAUGAAGAAGAUGAUACUGAAGAGGAGGAGUUUAAAGAAGACGAAAAUGAUGAGAAUGAGGACGAUAAUAAAGAAUAUGAGGAAGAAAAGGAAUGGGGAAGUGACGGAGAUGUUGAUAAAAAUGAAGAAAGAGAGAAGGAGGAACAAGAAGAAGAUGAAGAAGAUGGGCAACUCGAAGAGGAACAGAAGUCUGAAGAUUGCAAUGAGGAAAACAUAGAUGAAGAAACGCAGAAUGAAAAUGAAGAUAAAGAAGAAAACUUUGAAGAGGAAGAUGGAUAUGAGACGGAAGAUGAAGAAGAGGCGGAAGAAAAUGAAGAAAACUUUGAAAGAUACCUUCCUGUCUUUAAAGAAGAAACCCAAAAUUCUGAACUUGCUAGAGAAUGUAUUUUUACUGUAGAAGAAUUUAAAACGGAAAAGAAGCAUUAUAAUAAAGAUACAAAUAAUGGAUGGAGGGGAAAUAAGACAUUCAAUAGAUAUGAAAAAUAUAAAAAAUAAUCAAAAAUUUGAGGAAAAUGUGGAAAUGCUUUUUGGAAUGAUUUACCAAGAAAAUGUAGUAAAAAUGGAAAAAGAUAAGGUAAAUUGGAAA